AUGGAAUCUUCAACGACAACAACCUCUACAAGAGCAUAUGUGUCAAAAGCUCCAUCAAAACUUAUUUCAAUUAAGGAAGGAGAAGGAGGUUCAAGUAGUGAUCUUAUCAAAACAACUUCAUCAAUUGAGCCAAAAGAUAGAGGCAAGGUCAUUCUUAUUAAACAGUCAUAUCAGGAAAAGAAUAAACAGCAAGCAACAAAACUGGAACGACACAGGAAAAUCAAUAGCAUUCUUCAUCAAAGGGAAAAUGAUCCACCUAGUUUGAACAAAGGUGACCCAAACAAGAACUGGUGUUAUGAAACGACUGAAAUCACAAUGUUGGGGAAGAGUGACAAAUUUCUUAAAAUGCCGAAGAAGAGCUUUGAAACUAAAAAUUAUGAAGUUAAUCAAUUUGAUUUUCCAACCACUCACAAGCUCUUAACAUCUCCACAAUUUAAAUUGUCUGAUGAUUUCAAAAACAAAGACGAAUACAAAAGUCUGAAAAUUCAUUUUCAUACAAUAUUGGGGAAAAACAAAGAUUAUGUAUGGUCGUUAGUAAAGAUUGUGAAGCUGAUGAAAAUCGAAAGGGAUGUCUUGUUCCACGGUUCGCUUUAG